AUGUGUCUGCGCGUCGGUGGCCUGAGUGUGGGUGACUUCCGGAAGGUGCUGAUGAAGACAGGUCUGGUACUGGUGGUGCUGGGCCAUGUGAGCUUCAUCGUGGCCGCCGUCCUCCAUGGCACUGUGCUGCGCUACGUGGCUGCCCCCCGUGACGCUGUGGCUCUGCAGUACUGCACGGUCAACAUCCUCUCCGUCACUUCAGCCAUUGUGGUCAUCACCACAGGCAUUGCAGCUGUCACAUUGUCACGCUACCUCCCCAGCACCCCUCUGCGCUGGACGGUGUUUAGCUCGAGUGUAGCCUGUGCUCUUCUCUCUCUGACCUGUGCCCUUGGCCUCUUGGCCUCGAUCGCCGUGACCUUUGCCACCCAGGGCCGGGCACUACUGGCACCCUGCACUUUUGGGAAUGCUGAGCUAUUGACACUCACGCCUGACUGUCCCUUCGAUCCCACACGCAUUUACAGCUCCAGCCUGUGCCUCUGGGCCAUCUCGCUAGUGUUCUGUAUGGCAGAGAGCGUGUUUGCUGUGCGCUGUGCCCAACUUGUGCACGAGCUGCUGGACCUGAGACCCUGGUGGGGGAAAAGCAGCCACCACAUGGUAAGAGACCCCAGCCAGACCCAGUGGGCCCAGCAGCCUCCUGUAUCUCUACAGAUGCUGGAGAGCCCAGAGCCCACGGACAGCCACGACCUGCUAAGCUGCACCAGCUCUGUGCCACUGACCCUCUGA